AUGGGUAUCUCCAAGUGCGACCCGAUCAUCAUUGUUGGUGGCGGAGCCUUCGGGCUCUCCAGCGCUCUUCAUUUGACUCGCUCGGGCUUUACGAAUAUCUCUGUCUUCGAAAGAGACGAGCAGAUUCCUCCGCGCUAUUCAGCCGCCAAUGACCUGAACAAGAUUGUGCGCGCAGAAUACGAGGAUCCAUUCUACACCGAUUUGACAAUCAAAGCCAUCGCCGCAUGGAAAACUCCUCUUUUCGCACCUCAUUUCCACCAGACUGGAUUCCUCCACUGCGUGUCUGGCGAAGCACCCCAAAAGGCUAUCGACACCCUCAAUAGAUUCCGCGCUUCCGCAGAAGGGAACGAUCAACUCAAAUCACAUGUCGUGCCCAUAAAGGGCGAAGACGACAUUCGUCAAGCCUGCUGGCAGCUCGACGGCCCAUUGACUGGGUGGAAUGGAUACCUGAACCGCUUCGACGGGUAUGCACACUCCGGGAACGCACUGGCAGGUGUCUACCGCGCUAUGCAGGCAGCCGGCGUACGCUUCUACCUCGGAGAGCGCGGCGCAGUCGAUGAAAUCGUCUAUGUCAGCUCGCUGCAAGGCAAGAAGAGUUCCGGGAUCCGAACGAAGGAUGGGAAGUUCCACCCGUCUUCGUUGGUGAUUGUCGCAGCUGGCGGUGCGGUGAGUCGUCUUGUCCCGGAGAUUGGGAAGAAGGUCGUGGCCAAAUCGUGGUCUGUGGCGCAUGUCCAUCUUACCGAUGAAGAGACUUCUGCGCUGCGUGGUAUUCCUGUCACCUAUGCUCGUGACUUGGGUUUCCUCUUCGAGCCCGAUCCUCAGACAAACUUGUUGAAGAUCUGUCCCAUGGGUGGAGGAUAUAUCAAUACGGAUCCUGAGACUGGAGUUUCUCAUGCGCCUGGGACUUUGGAGGAAAGUGCGUUUGUGCCGGAGCAUGACGAGAGGAAGAUGAGGAAGUUGCUGGCGCAGACUCUUCCGGCGCUUGCGAAUCGCCCGCUGGUUAAGAAGUCGCUUUGCUGGUUUGCAGAUACUGAUGACUCGGACUUUAUUAUUGAUUUUGUUCCGGAGACGUCGUCGUCGGUUGUUGUGUUGUCUGGUGAUUCUGGGCAUGGGUUCAAGAUGUUCCCUAUCUUUGGAUCGUGGGUUUCGGAUUUCCUGCAGGCUGGUCAGCAGCAUGAAGCACGGUGGAAAUGGAAGCAUACUGAUCCCAAUGAGGGCAAGGGGGAUUGGGGUGGUGAUGUGAGCUGGCGCCUGGGAGAGUCGAAGGAGUUCUCUGAGAUCCGGCCUACGAUACUGUCCAAGCUUUAG